GCCAAAUUGGCCAAGGAUGCCAAAAAGAAGGGUGAAGAGCCCCAAGAGGAAGAGGAAGAGGAAGAGGAGGUAGAAGAAGAGGAGGAGGAGGAAGAGGAGGCUGAAAAUGGAGAGGAGGAGGGCAGCGAGGGAGAGGAGGCCAAAGCUACCAAGAAGAAGGCCGCUCCUGCGAAGGAACAAAAGGUGUCAGGUAGCAAGAAGGAGGCUGCCAAGGUUACCGCAGAUGACGAUGAUGAUGAGGAGUAGCGGUCGGUCGAUGGGACUGACGUAUGCGCUCCGAGUAUGAACACUUCAGUUGGUGUCGCUAUUUCCCUGGGCAUCUCAUGCCGCUGUUUCUACAUGCUAUAAACAGUCUGGAGCGUCCAAUGCAGGCUCAUGUCAUAGCGCGGAGCAGAUCACUGUGCAACUCUCGCCUCCGCCUCCUCUCUUCACCCUCUGCUCAGUUGUGGUGGUCGCUGUCUUCGCAUCUGUUUCUCUGGUUGGCCCAUGCCGUAAUCCUGCCAGUCUUAUUGACAAGAACAAAAACAGCGCGCCAUGAUCAUGGCUGUGACUUUGUGAUGCGUUUAGAAGCGCUGCGAUGUUGUUUCCUUUUGGUCUUCACUGGUUUGAAUUCAAGAAUAUUAUGGAUAUUCCGACACGGUGCAAGACAUGAGAAUCGAACACGAGAUAAAGACCGUGGAAGUGAAUCAGAGAAUAUCCUGGUAAGAUUGCCCACGCAGUAUUCAGUAACGUAGAGCCGGCAAUGGCUUCAGAGUAUUGUCGAACUUGGAGCUCAUCACUCACUUCUGGCUCUUCAGUCAACCUCAGCUCAACACUUCGCUGCUGCACAACCAGUAACGAGCCUUAUGCAAUCUCAUGCGCCAAGGGUAAACG